UCUGUACAAAUAUAGAUCUCCUUAGUAGCUUUGCCUGUUAAUUACAGGUGGAUCCUCCGUACGUGUUCCUUAUUUUCUGGACGAGGCGGCCGCCUCCACUCCCUCAGACGGAGGCGCAGUUGCAGCGCAACGCUCGGAGUGUGAGCAGCGCGUGGCCGCAUUCCGCAGCCAAGAAACAUUGUGGAACAAGGAUUUUGGCUUCUUUAUUCGAGCAAGGUCACGACAGCCGCCUCCCGCCCCGCGAGGUUAACCAGAAGCCAACAAAGAUUACCAAACAGUUUCUUUUUUUUCUAACCCUCUCUCUCCCUCUCUCCCGCCUUUUUCCGUAGCCUUCAAACGUAGAGAGAAAGAUUCUUUGUCGCUGUGGUGAAAAAAAAAGGAAAUCACGCGUGCUUGGAAUACUUUUUAGUCCAAACACCCAUUGUGUGUUCCCGCCCAGCCUUGACCCGAUGUGAUGCGUCAGGUGGCGGGUGGACGGCGGCGGCGGGAGGGGGUGCCGGCCCGCCGCCACAGACCGGGUUUUAAAGUCACAAAACAGGCUGCCUUCCCGGGCGAGGCGCGUGGUGCACUUGUUGCUGCGUUACGCCUUACCCGCCGCGUGCCCGUAGUGCGGCCCUCCACUCCCGCCCGAGGCGUCCACACUGAUGCAACCCGUCAUGACAGAAGACACCUCCCUCACCACCAGUACAACGCACCCUAUCCCCUCACCACGAACACUAACACGACGUCCUCAACACUCCUACAAAAAUGUAUCUCCCUCACCACCAGCAUUAGCACUCUACAGAUCACCCACUGCAAUACACCAACACCAUAACAGCCUCAUCACCAACACAACUUUGCCUCGCUUACUCCACCGUCCCUCCCUCGCCGCCAACACAGCCCCAAACCUUUCACCGCACCACCUCCAGACCCUCAUCGCCUCAUCCGCCGCCGAGGUUCUUUCAUCAUCACUGUAUAUUUAUUUGUCAUGGAAAUUUUUUAUGUAACAAUAUUCUAAUUUAAAUUAAUUGCCACUUUUACAUACUCUUCUUUAGUGUUAUAUUUCUAAAUUGCUGGAUUAAGGAAAGAGGCAGAAAGAGAGGAACGGGCUACCGAGAGGGACAAAGGAACACACGCACUGCCCCUGGCCAGGGAGGGAAGGCGCCAGAGAGCCAGUUCAAGUGGGCAACAGAGAAUGGAAAGCAAGCAAACGUACGAGUAAGACGCAAAGACAAGCGAGUAAACAAUGUUGUGAGGAGAGCACUGGGCCCCGCCCUGCUGCUGCUGCUGCCGCUGCUCCUGCCUCUCUCUGCUGGCAGCAGCUCGCUCGUGGCCUCUACUCGCCGCGAGUCGAGCAAGCCAGCGAGCACGGCGAGGCAUGUAUGGAGGGCGUUUCCGGUCUGUACGCAUAACAGAGACGGCAGAGAAUAAAGGAGACCUAACCACGAGCCUAACGUGUCAUGCCCGCAUGUGGGGCCGAAGAGGAAAUGAGGUCACCACAGGACGUUGGUGCCUACAGCGGUUACUCUAUUUCGGUGUUGCCGAGGACCAAAAUCACUUCCUAGCCCUUUUCACGAUUAACAAUGUAUGUGGUCUGCGAGGAGCACGUGGCCAGGCUAACCUUUACGUGCAGGUGCGCUGCUUUGUGUGGCGGCGGCGGCUGCAGGAAGUACAGCCAGGAACUGAGGCUCUGCGGAACGCCCGUGUUCCGGGAUCUCGGCGUGUCCCACCGCCUCUGUCCGCUGGCUGUCGUCCCAGGGGGAGCUGGGGCCCAGGGAAGGGAGGAGCCUCGCCGAUCGCCACUGCCACAAUUUAUAAAGAGUUUUGCUGAGAAAUGACUAUUUUUGUCUCGUGUAUGUUUGUCAACUAAGAAUGAUUCCAUUGGUGGAACGUGAAUCUGGAACGUGCUGGGAUUGGCUGCUCGUGGGAGGCAGCCACGCCCCGCGCGAGGGGUGGAGCCUGGCGGGCCCCACCCCAUGACCCGCUGACCCGUCCCCUUCUGCGCAUGCGUCGCCACUUGCACACUUGUGAAUGAUAGCAAAAGUGAGCGGGAGGGGACAGCAUGGUAGGCGCUCCAUUCCGCGUGAAAUGAGCCGUUAGUCAGAACGGUACCCUCGUGGCGAGCACACGUGUGGCCCGGAGCACCGCCACCGCCCUCCACACACACGCACACACACACACCCGCGCGAAAGUGAUAUUUCCACAUUGUUGGCCGGCCAGUUUUUGCCGGCGCGCCCGUGGUGGCAGCCUCGCGGACCAACGCCUCACUCCGUCCCCGCCCGGGCCCGCAGCACUACACUCCGCCUCAGCCACUCCGUCUAGUCAGCCUGGCGGCGCCCGGCCGAGGGUCUGCUGCCGUCGGCUUCCUCCCACUGCCGCCCCCUCCUGGCCCACUUAGGUCUACGUGUGACGUCACAUGUAGCACCGUGUGUCGCUCGGAGGCACGUGUGUGCGACGCCUGAUUACUCAGUGUGCAACCAGAAGCCGAGGGAAGUGGAACACGUCCGCUCUCCCCUCUACUCUUUAGUGAUAAGACAGUGCGACAGUGCAAUACUAGUGACAGUUAACGGGAUACUUCACCUCCACCUCCAGUGCCUCUCAUGUGUUCACCUCUGAUGUGUGUGUGUGACCCAGAACACCCGUAGCCCAUUUAUGGAAACCUACGGCUGCCCUCCGUCAUCCUCUGUGACUGACCUCGCAUAGUCUUACAGAAAUUUGAGUCACCAAGAUUCUACUCGGCGACUCGGGAUUAAGUGUACAUUCUCGCCACCCGUUUAAAUGCAACCCUCCAAACGGCUGCCUGCGCCCGCCAAUGUGCUGCCUCCUUCGUUCCUCCAUGCUCCUUGUUGAAGGCGUGGACGUGACGCAGGAGAGCCCCCUCCCGCCAGACGACACGCCCGCCGUGCCCCACCCAGCCUUCACGCCGCCCCACACCCACGCCCACAACAUGCUCGUCCUCCAGCCUCAGUGGGGCGACGCAGCAGAGUGUUGAGGCAGCUGUUUACCGCGGGCGUGGCUCUGGGGAUCCGCCGCCCGCCACCCACCCUCGUGGGUGUGCCGGGGCGGGCCGCCGCCAGCACUGAUGGGUCGAGAACUGGAGGAGAGCGGCCCCGCCACCACCAACUCAACCCCCCCGCACCCCGCCAUGGAGGACAAGCCGCCCAGCAGGUCACCCUCUCCACCCCACUCCUUGGCCACUCUCCUCCCAGUGAACCUCAGCAUCACCACCUCCCAGGCCCUCGUGGUGGUCUCCACCCUCCCCCCCUCCAUCACCUCCACGCCCAUCUCUGUAACGCCCGUCCUGCUCACAAGCGAUGCUCCUUCGCCGCCCGUGAGCGCCACGCUGGUCAGCUCGGAGGAGCGGCCUGAGGAGGGCACCAGCAGCAGCGUUGUCCCGUCGUCAGAGCCGCAGUCACUUCUCCACCCGAGUGUGGCUGAAGCGCUGACCGCAUCCUACGGCCUCUCCCCUAACUUCGGUGACGACUCUCUAGGUGGGACGACCAGCGAUGAGUUUAAAUUGGGGUCGGCCUUCACGGCCACGCCCACGCCGAGUUACGGCGAGGGAGGCAGCGAAACUCCCUUCAGUGACGUUUUCCAAGCCGAGUAUCUGCUAGCGCCGCAGCCCCUGGAAGACCUGAAGCCUGUCAUCACCCACCCCCACGCUGAGACUUCGCCGCCUAGGUCCCCCGGCCACGCAGCAUCCACGCCUGCUUCAUCAGCCGGUCAGGGAGGAGCCCCCGCUCUGCCCAGCUUUCAGGAGACUUACUCCCCCAGAUACAGGCCGCUUGGCGCUGAUGUGUUCACCUUCAAGACUGACGAUGGCAGACCCGUCGAAUACCCGCAGCCUCCUCCAGCCCACCAGACCUUCACUCAGGCCUCCCCGCAGCACCAGCAACAGCCACAGCUACAACAACAGCAGCAACAGCAGCAGCAACAGCAGCCUCAACUCCCCCAGCAGCAGCCCCAGCCUGCCCCACCCUUCGAGGCUUACCCCCACCCUUCGCAAGUGUACUCCCGCCCUGCGCCCUACCCCAGCCCCUCCGUGCCUGUCACCCAUGCUUACAGCAGUUCAGCCAAGGCUUUCGGUGGCGAAUUCUACCCUGCUGGCCCCACCUACGACCCUCUGCAGCCCCUGCCCCCUGAACAGUACAUCCGCCCCUCCACUUCGCACCACUACACCGAAAUGGGAGCGGCCUCCACCUCCAGCACACCCUCUGUGUCUUUCCUUGGCCGCAAGACGACCGUUGAGCACAUCGACCCGGCUCUCAUGAGGCUUCACCCAUCACCUAUGUCCUCCGCAAUCCGACCAGCCUCUGAACAGAAGCCACAGUCUCCAGCACAGCUGUGUGCAGUGUGCGGCGACACAGCCGCCUGCCAGCACUACGGGGUCCGUACAUGUGAAGGCUGCAAAGGAUUCUUCAAGCGUACCGUCCAGAAAAAUGCUAAGUAUGUAUGUCUUGCGGACAAAAACUGCCCCGUAGACAAAAGGCGCCGUAAUCGGUGUCAGUUUUGCCGCUUCCAGAAGUGUCUGGUCGUCGGUAUGGUGAAGGAAGUGGUCAGAACAGACAGUUUGAAAGGUCGCCGUGGCCGUCUGCCCAGCAAGCCGAAAAGCCCCCAGGAAUCUCCUCCCUCACCACCCGUGUCUCUCAUCACCGCCCUCGUGCGUGCCCACGUGGACACCACUCCAGACCUCGCUAACCUGGACUACUCUCAGUACCGCGAACCCACUAGCGGCGCUGAGUCACCCUCCACCGAGGCAGAGCGAAUCCAGCAGUUCUACUCCCUACUGACCUCCAGCAUCGAGGUCAUCCGACACUUCGCAGAGAAGAUCCCUGGCUACCAUGACCUGGCGCGCGAGGACCAGGACCUUCUCUUCCAGUCUGCCUCCCUCGAACUCUUCGUCUUGAGAGUUGCCUACAGACUCGUAAAUAAUCCUGACGACCCCAAGUUCGUGUUUGACAAUGGACGAGUCCUCCACCGGUCACAGUGCGACCGUUCCUUCGGCGAGUGGUUGCAGGGCAUCCUUGACUUUUCUUCCUCUUUAAAAGCAAUGGAGUUGGAUAUUUCUGCAUUUGCUUGCCUAUCGGCACUGACAAUCAUUACAGAGCGACACGGCCUCAAGGACACCAAGAAGGUGGAGCAGCUGCAAAUGAAGAUCAUCAGCUCCCUUAGAGACCACGUGACGUACAACGCCGAGGCGCAGAAGAAGCCCCACUACUUCUCACGGAUCUUGGGUAAGCUGCCGGAACUCCGGUCGCUGUCCGUGCAGGGACUUCAGCGAAUCUUCUACCUUAAAUUGGAAGACUUGGUCCCUGCCCCUCAGCUCAUAGAGAACAUGUUCGUCUCCAGUCUCCCCUUCUGAACCUCUUGGAGAUCCUGAAGUCUUCAUCUUACUGCCACGGGCGUAAGGAGCUGCCCCUCCACCGCCCCUCUUCCCCGGUCAUCACCAGACGAUGGUGAAGGGUCUUUCGCCCCUGGGCGCACUGGCCCCCGGAGCCACAGGCGGUCCUGUACACCAUGUUUAUCUCCGCGACCUCCGCCCCGUCUGGGUCGCUGUUGUCCCCACGACACGCUCAGCCAUUAGCAAUCAAGACCGCCCCAGACAACCUCCGGGUGUGUCCAGCAGCGAGUCUCAGUCAGGAUCCGCCCCUCGCGGCUCCCCGGAGGGCUCCUGUUGCUCGCGUGCUGAAGCAGCGGUGGCGCGUGCACACGUACUUUACGUACUCAUCAUAUGUUCACAGAGUUACUCUUCAAGCAGGAAGACUACAUUAUUUUCUGACAAUUGGUACAUAGAGUGAGGUGGAUGGUAAAGCCGCUCGGCGCGCAGGCCGAUGCGGCUGUUAGACUUGUCACUUUGGCACAACGCCUUGACAAACUAGUCAUUCUGUGAUUUUAACGGAAAAGAAAGAAAGGUUUUGGAGGAAGAAUAAUAAAACUAUUGUUUAUAGUCUAAGCUCAGUAAAGCUUGAUUACGUAUUUUUGUAAUUACUUUUAAGUCAACAUAGGUUAGUCUGAUAUACAAUAUUGUCGGCCUUACCUUUUGCAUAGGUAACUGUACAAAACCCUGUAGGUAAUUAGUGCUCUACGCUCCUCCAGUCGCAACAAGACGCGACCAGAAGGUCCUCUUGUCCCGGCUCAGUCCGGCAGCCGUGAGCAGCAGCAGCAGCAGCAGCAAAAAGCAGCAGCAGUAAAAGGCGACCGCCGAUCGGGUUGUGGCGCGUAAGUGUGACUUACGCGCUCCUCAUCCUUCCUGUUCCUUGGCGUCGCUAGCUGGUGGCAGUUUCUAUCUAUUGUUAUUCUUUCAUAUCCCCCUUUAUCUCCACCACUUUUCCUCCACCCUGCACUCCACCUCAUCCUCGUCUUCCUCUUGGUCGCCCUUUCUUCCUUUCCGCUCCGUGAAGCCGCUAAGUCAGCCUGUUCCGUGCACAGGUGUGUGAGGUGUAGGGUUAGAGUGUGAUGAAAUGAUAUUUUUUAUACCUUGAAAGUCGCGCGUCGCACAAUUCCUUCCCCUCCCCCAAUGCCUCCCCUGCCCACUCCUCCCUGCUGCUGCCUCCCUCCCGCUCGCCCGGACUGCCCACCUCCCCUCCACCGGGUCGCCGCCGUGACCCUGACAUCCACUUGACCUUUCCUCCCGCACGAGUCACACACACACCAAGAAGGCACUGCCGCCCCUCACCCAGUCAUGGCGACCAAAGGGACAGACAGUCUUGCCGGCCAUGACACACUGAAAUCUAAUUUCCUUUCAGUUCAUUUAAAUCCUAACUCUAGAGAGAUGACGUAAAAAAGAUAAAUCUUAGUUUUGUCGCAUUUUUACGUCCACUUCCGGUUCUAAUGAUCAGUUUCAUUUGUCUUACCGAUCGGCCCUUCCUGUGCCUUUGGUUCACUGCAUCAGUCACGACUGUUUUGACCAAGGCCGGAUUUAAUGCAUUUAUUAAUUAAAUGGACGGUGCUUGCGGUGGUAAUGUGACCCGCGAGUGUGUGUGUGUGUGUGUGUGUGUGUGUGUGUGUGUGAGAGAGAGAGAGAGAGAGAGAGAGAGAGAGAGUGUGUGUGUGUGUGUGUGUGUGUGUGUGUGUGUGUGUGUGUGUGUGUGUGUGUGUGUGUGUGUGUGUGUGUGUGUGCAAGGUCCUUCCCGAGAGUCGCCGCGGCUGAUCCUUCCCUGUGUGUGGGUCCUGAAUACCUGCAGCUCCAACACGGCGCCCGACUUAGCCCGCCAACACAGUUUUUUUUCCAUUAUUGUUCAUGACGGCUGCACACCCUCCCGCCCCCUGCCCCCAAGCCCCCAGCCCCAGCCCAUUCCACGGUUCAUCUGGUGUCCCAAUUUUAACGUCGUCUGGUCACUGUUUUUGCCUUUUUCUGUUUUUAGUCAGUAUUAUGUGUCAUUUCGUGUCAAAUAUUCAGUGUUUUAAAGUAUCUUCAACGUGACGUCCACUUGUUCCAACCCAAGCGGGAGGGAGGCAGGAGGUCAGUAGAGGCCCGGCCCUCCGCCCCGUGCCUACCUCCCCUGCCCCAACCCCGCGGAGGAAGGCCCGGGGACAGGCCCCCUCCUCCCUCACCUCCAUCUGCCUCCCUCCCCCCGUGCCGCUAAUCUUAUGUUGACACUCGCCAUUAGGUUCCAUAGAUCUGCAUUAAUAAGCUAUAAGACCCACGGCCUCCACGAACACCCGCCCUCCCGCACGCUGCCCGAGAAUGCCGGCUUGCAGGGACUCCAAAGACACUCUAGAAAUUAUUAUUGUCAUUAUCAUUGAUAUUAUUGUUAUCAUUUUUCAUAUUAUUAUUAUUAUUAUUAUUAUUAUUAUUAUUAUUAUUAUUAUUAUUAUUAUUAUUAUUAAUUAUUAUUACCUUGGCGAUCCGAGAAAAAUGGACUUGAAAGUCAAACCUAAUUCGGAAGAUAUUAGUGGAAGUCCGCGUGUUCAGCGAAGUCACGUGCUGUGUUCCGCACCACAUCCCAGGGUUAAGGUUAUGUUUUAGUCCUGAAUUUUGUUUGUGGUUGCACUCUUAUGAUCCCUUCGCCAGCCAAUACAUGUACAUACUUACAUACACGUGCAUACAGAAACCUAUACACUUGCAUACACAGCGCACGCAUACGCGCCACGGGCGGGCGCUGACCCGUCGCCCAGGGCAGACUUCUGUCGCGUCCUGCCGGCGGGGGGGUGUCCCCGGUGCCGCGUGUGUCGCGUCGCUCUGUCGUUGUCCUUCGUCUUGAGCUUUCGGCGGCAACACCUCCAAAGGAGAGAUUUCACUCGCUUUGCUUCACCUGCCGUGGCCGGAGCAGGUUCAGGCGUGUCUCGUUCGCAUCAGUUUUAAGAAUUAAGAAAGAAUAUUGUACACUUAUCUUUUGAGAGUUGCUAUUGAAGGAAAACAAAUUCCUAUGUGAAGACAAUUUUAUAAAUUUACCAUUAGCGAGUGAAAGGUUGAAGGGGAGAGGCGGACGGCGGUUACUGCAAAGGGCCCGGCCGGGUACCCACUCCUUCCUGCCGCAGCCUCCACCUGACACUCUACUGUGACGUCCGCUUAUAGAGAUAUCUUUUCUAUUAAAUAUAUUACAUAGAUAUAUAUAAUUAUAUAAAUAUUAUUUAGUACAUACAUCUAUACGAGGGUCACGGGUCGUUGCAGUAACUGGCUGCCGGCGCCCCAGCCACUGUUUGGAGUCACUUCAGUGAGCCGAGUCAGGCGUUGAGUCACUUCCUGUUCCUGAUGUUGAAUCCAGUCAUUUGUUCCUGACGCAGGUUCAGGUCGCCGACUGUCUGAGACUGGCCUGUGCCCAUACCGACUAAUGUUACCAGUCAAGCACAACCUAUUCUAGCCUUACAUGUGGGUUACCAUCUGUUUUUAAGAAAUAAUAGUUUAAUAUAUAGUCUAAUGCUAGUUGGAGACGCUUCGAACAUAAUACAUGGUCCUGUCGCCCGAGUUAUUAUUAAUGUCUUCAGAUCAUUAUGUAUUGUGGGUAAAGUAAUUUAUUUUUCUGUCAACCUCAAAUAUUGUUCGUAAAUAUUCCCGGUGACGCGGAGUGUUGGCGUCACUUUGUGCGGCAGAAUGUGGAAGAACAUUAUUUUCUCCGCCACUUUUCCUGUGCUUUGUCUGCUGUGUGGGUGGCAGCGUCUAUCUGCCCGGUGUUUUCCCCAAGUUUCCUUCUUGUUCAGUGUGAAGAGGAUGAAAAAAUUUUCGGUUGUUUCAUCUUGUGAGGCUGGCGAUCCUGAGAGCUAAUAAAGGAUGAUGUGCCUCCCUUGUCGACCCUGUGCACCAGUCUCUCCCUCACGCAUCUGAACGGUCCAAGUGUCUUAGCGCCGCCAUAUCAGCUGAGAGUUUUUUUCGAGAUUACAGAACCUUGUUUCUGUUUUGGUGUGUUCAGUCCUUACAAGUCUCCCCAGUGAGUGUAUAAGUGUUCUUAUCGUUGUUAACGCCUACGUGUUGAAUAAAAUUUCUCUUGUUGUCUUACAACGCGUUAUGUUUACUUAUCUUACGGUUGGAAAGUGUUUUGACAUAAUCUAAGCGGCCACCUGGCCAACCCAAGGUUCCACUCACGUAGUCUGCUGGAAAAAAAGUUUUUCUUCAUUGAUCUGAAUGAGGUAGGAACAACAAAUGCCACUGAUUUUCACAACCACUGGACUUGCAAAGUCAUGGUAGAGUGCACUGAUAGUAUAUAAUGCAAAAAAUCUUAUAUAUUGAGAGAACACGUGUACUUGUAGAAAAAUAAAGUCUCUACUCAUAUGAGUGGUUAUGUACAAUGACUGUACCCUUCCCCCUCCCUCACCCCCCACACCUGUGUCCCAAUAAUACCUCUCACUUAGGUCUGUCCCCUCACCAGCUGUCUCCCUUCACCUCAACCAGCCUCCCCAGACUGCCCCACCCUUCUCACUACCCACCCCACACAGCCCCUUCCCUCCACCACUCUUCCCCCUCCCUUCCUGCUCCUCCCCAUCCUUGUAUGUAGAAGUGGGCCUCAUUGUAACACGCUGCCAUCGCCAACGCCCCUCCAACACCGCCCUUGUGAUAUGAGUCAUUUUGUAGCCGCGGAUGGAACCUAAUCAAGCCUAUUUUUUACAAUGGGGACACUGGAUCGGGGUCACCUCUGAGGUUGUCUCCACUUCCACCUGUAAAACUCUUCAAUUUUUCACUCACUCAACAGACAAUCCCGUCUCCUCUUUGUCCUCCUCCUCCUCCUCCUCCUCCUUCUCCCCCUCCUACUCCUUCCACUUCAUCCCUUUCCCCUCUCUCCCUCCUCCUCCUCCUUUCACUACUACUACCAAUACUGAUGCUAAUGCUAAUGCAGUUAUACUUUGCCGUCUGUGCCAUGCAUUUUGGUGGUAGAAUGUGUAUCAAAGAACUCUUCCCCCUCCGCCCCGACCCCAACCCCGGAGGCCCUUCACCAAGACCUCCGGGUUCCUCAGUCCUCGCUCUGCCCGUGUCCUCCUCAGGCCGUUUAGGGGUGACGUUAAUUAAAACCGCCUGUCUCAACUCCUGUUCCCACUUUUUCCUAUUUUUUGAGAGAAUAUACAUGAAAGAAAUAUU